CUACCUGGGGAAUAAAUAGAGCAGGGCUGGGUGCUCACCUCCACAGCAGCUUCCUUGAUCCCUGCCACGCACGACUGAACACUGACAGCAGCUGCCUCGCCAUGAAGCUGUUGAUGGUCCUCAUGCUGGUGGCCCUCCCACUGCACUGCUAUGCAGGUUCCGGCUGCCAACUGGUGGACGAUGUGGUUGAAAAGACCCUCGAUCCUGAAGUGUCUGUACCAGAAUUCCAGCAAUAUGUGCAAGAGUUCACAGACAGUGAUGAUGCCAAAAAUGCUGUAGGCGAAUUCAAACAGUGUUUCCUCAACCAGUCAAAUGAAACUCUGCAGAAUUUUGAUUUAAUGAUGCAAACGAUAUACAACAGCAUUUGGUGUAAGCCCUUCUAACUUUAUACAAGACCUUUGGCUCAGACACGACAAGACAGAAGAUGGCCAGAAAACUGCUGCCUACCGCUGGAAACUGCAAUUUUUCUUAUUUUCUUUCUCCUUUGGACCUUUUUUGUGGAAACUGCAAGGAAACUGUUGAAACCUCAAAUUCAUUCUCAUUUCAGUAAACUAACUGCAAAUCAUAAAGUUCCUUUUAUUGUUUCAGGAAAGGGAGGCUUUCCAGGCCUCAUAGUCAGGCUGCCUGAGGGAGGCAAACACAGACAGGCCAUAGACAGACCUUGCAAGUGUCGGGCAAGGGACUGAGGCUUCUGUGAAGCACUUGCUUUCUCACAGCCUCUUGCCCAAGCAUUGGGCCUCUCUCUGAAGACUGUUUCCUACCUCUAUCCCACCACCUCCCGACGUGACUCUCUCUGGGGUCCUCAGGCUCUAGGUUCCGAGGUGGGGUCCUGCUCAGAGGCCCUGCUUUCAUUCCAGUCCUCUUCUGUGUGCUGAGCCCUGCUGACCACGCCAGGCUCCUCUGCACUGUCUCUGGGCCUCCCUGAGGUGUGCAGGGCCCAGACAAGAGCCAGCCAGGGAGGGAGACCUACAAAGCAGAGUGGAUGGUGUCUGGCUUCUAAAUUUUGAUUUUUGUUCAUUAUGGAUGUUGGAUCUGAGGAUUCAAUUUCUUUAAAUGUUGCAUUAAAAUAUCAUUUAUAAUAUUA